CAUACGAACAGCACUCACACCAUCUGCCGCUGUAACCAUCUCUCCAGCUUCGCACUUCUUAUGGGUCUCACCGGAGUGGGGGAGAGUUACACACUGACCAUCGUCACCCACGUGGGACUGACCCUCUCCCUGCUAUGCCUCCUGCUCGCCAUCCUCACCUUCCUCCUGUGCCACUCCAUCCGCAAUGUCAGCAUCUCCCUUCACCUGCAGCUCUGCCUCUGCCUCUUCCUGGCCGACCUGCUCUUCCUCACCACAGUGAAGCGCACGGGCAUUUGGGUCUGUUAUCCACUUUUAUUCUUGGUUGAAAAUUGAGCUGUGUCCAGAUCCUCUGUCGGCAUUUCUAAAGCUCC